CUCGCAUACGUGUACGUAGCCUAUAUAAAACUGUACAUACGUAUAUAUACAUAUAUAGAGAGAGUUCGCAGAAAAGGAAUUGCGUUGAUUUACCGCGAGCAAACGCGGCAUCAUACAAGCUGCAUGGAAUCAUGAGCUCUACGGAUUUGCCUCACAGAAAAGCAGAAUUCUGCGAAGAGAUCAGGGGGCUAGAGUGGUGAUGCGUCUGACUCUGUGCAUGACAGGAGCGAGAAGAAAAGGAGAGGAAAGCAAACGAAGGCAAGAAGAAGGCAGGUGCUUCCCGCUUCACAUCUACACUUCCUUUGCCCGGACAGUCUGCCGCCCUGCUGGAGCCUCGAAGAUGCACAAGCGAAGCUCUUAAAGCCAUAUUACCUCAGUUCCCCGCUGUUUUCUGUUCGUUUGUACAUCUGGACGCGACAGAUAAAAGAGUCCUGUAACGAGAUACAGUUAUGAAGAGAAGGACGCCAGUCCCCGGGAAAGAAACAAGUACACCGUCCUAACCAGUCACAUUUUUUCAUCUCAGCCAGUAGAGCAUGAGUCUGUUCAACCUAGGCAUGAGUCUGUUCAACGAGCCUGUACAGCCACCUAGCGUGUACACGAAUAAAGGCGAAAUCCGACAGUGCAAUCAAGGCCGCUAUCGCUUCUCGCUCGACCAGUCCUCCGAACCGGAUAAAAUUAUUCUCGAACUCGAAGCCCCAAAGUACCUCUGCACCUCGGCGAUUGACGUGGAUGUACAUCCCAGUUAUGUCCGCUGCACGAUCAAGAACAAAGUUACUCAACUCCGACUGCCGGCUGAAGUGCGCGUCGAAGAAUCUCGAGUUCAGCGCUCGAAAGCGACGGGACAUCUGCGGAUAGAAAUGCCGCUUGUCGAGCCUCCUCCUUGUGCAGUUCGCAGAAAGAAAAUCGUUGCUGCAUCUCCAGUCUCCGAGAGAGACGAAGAGAAGCGACAGGAAGCGAACAAACGCGGCCCUGCCCACCCAACGAAAACCUCUGCUGCGAACUCCGUACCCAUCAAAGAAAUGCUAAAUGUGACAGGAAAGGCGAAGCAGUUCAUGCCGGAGACGUCGAGCAGGACUUUCUCUGCAAAGACAGAAUUGCGUAAAAUAUUGGAGCGCAAACCUGGGGGAAUAACCGCAGGGGGCGGUGGUCAGUGUGAAGUGCCACAGAGGACCGCCGCCGGAGACCUGGAGGCCGACGGAUUCUUAAAGGGAAAGGAGAAUCUCGCGGAAGCAGAGAAUUCAGGCAGAGCAGAAGAAGAUCGAUUCGCUGACGACGACGCUCUUCCGGAGCUGGAACUUGUGUACUGAGAAAAAAACUAGUAUUGCUUCGCUACUUCAUUUUGACUCUUUCCUCGAUAUCCUUGGUCCUACACCCGCGUGCAUCAACUUCUUGACAGUGUCAACAGAAACAAACAAGAAAACGAAUAACUGUCUGGUUUCUCUGCGUACGCAGACGGUGGGAACAUACUCCUCAUGUAUGAUGGAAAAACGGAGAUCGGCUACACUUUUUACGGGUGCCAAGAGUGGAUUCUUUUCGGAACUCCAUCUCGGUAUCUCCGACUUCCUUUCAGUUUACUUGGAGGGAGGUGCGAGCCUCGCGUUUUGUUAAGUAGUGUUUAAAGGGUGUGUACUCGGCAGGCUUCUCUCCGUUCCAACUCGUCUGAUCCUAAGUUCACAGUGAAUUAUAUAGAUACAAGAAACAUGACACGAAUCAUUAGAUCUUUAUAAAUGGCAAAACCGCGUGAGUUCCGAUCUGUUGGUGGGGAAUACCAAUAGUACUUCGCUGAGAUAGAUAUUACAGCGUAGAACUGUGUAAAUAGUGUUGUGUUCAGACACAAGGAACUGGGCAAGCAUCACUCCAUCUGCAUAAGCAACAAAAAGAAUCUCAACGUUUCUCUUCUUGAAACGCUUGUUGUGUAGAGUCUGCGCCUUUCAUUGAUUAGUUCGGGUCUGAUCGUUCCGCCAACCAAAAGCCGUCGCCAGUUUGAACAAACGUUCCCGCAGAAAAAGGCGGCUUAUGCUCGUUGUCCCUCUAUACGGUCAAAAAAAUGAAUUUCGAUCGUUUGUGGACUCGUGCUGUAUGUUGGUGGUGAAGAGGGAAGGUGCAGGACUGUGAUGCCCCAGUCCAGCGCUUUGACGGCAGCUCGGG